AUGAGUUCAGCGAUAGAUCCGACUUUUCAAGGACUGAAGGUAAACGAUGAUGAUGGAAUUCACACUAACAGCAACGAGGGAGAGACUAGUAAUUUAGAUCCUGAGGUGACGGCGGCUGCCAUUGCAGCAGCAGCAGCGGCUAACGAAAAUGAGACGGAGAACGAGAACGAGAACGAGAACGAGAACGAGAACGAGAACGAGAACGAGAACGAGAACGAGAACGAGAACGAGAACGAGAACGAGAACGAGAAUGAGAAUGAGAAUGAGAAUGAGAACACAAAUUCCGAAGAGAUCAAAAAGGAAGAUGCAUCGACAAACCGAUCUGGAAAUGGUGGAAAAGUGCGUCGAAAUCGAGGAAAUAACACUGGAGGUAGCUCUCGUGAUGAUAAAAUGACGAGUACGAGUCAAUUACCACCCCUAUUGAGUCUUGAUCAACAAACAGAUAGACUAGUGAAUUCCUUAGAAUCACAGAAACAAAAGGAUGUGAAUGAUGUCUCAGAAGAAGGCGAGAGUCGAUCGGGAGGUGCCGUUUCGUCACCGGCUACAAAACCAGACGGAGAACCACGAUUGCAUCACGGAAAACCUCUUACAAACACCAAAAGAGCAGCACAGAAUCGAGCAGCUCAAAAGGCGUUUAGAGAAAGACGAAAAUCCCGAAUGAAGGAGCUGGAGCAGCGUGCAGAGGAUCACCACAGCUGUGAACUCGUCAUAGGAAGACUCAAACGCGAAAAUACUCAACUAAAGGACUACAUUCUUGCAUUACAAACGAAGCUUAUUGAAGCAGGAAUUCCUUCUUUGAAUGGCUCCAUCAAUUCAACCAAUGAUAACAAUCAGAGUUCUCCUUUGGGAGGUUCAUUGGGAUUACAAUUGAUGAAGUUCUUCUCUAGAGAUAAAAGUUCCGAGGAUAAGAAUAACAAGCAUGGCUCCGGAUCGAUAAGGCGUCUACUAUCUCCGUCCGGAUCUUCUUCGUUAGGAUUUUUCAAACGGGAAGACGGCAGCAAGAGCCGGAAAAACCACAUCAUCGAUGAAGCUGUUGCUGAUCGUCCUUCAAAUAAGCCCUCCGAUCUUGCCGAGGAAUCGAGUGAUGACAUUUACAGUGGUGAUGAGGAUGACAUUCAAGCCGAUAUAGUUGAUCCCAUAAUCCCAUAUCGGAUCGAGGGCCUUCGUUCUGACGCUUCUCUUUCGGCUGGUGCUUCCAUUGAAAGAACCCCUUCACACAGACCAUUGUCUACAAAAUACGCCUCUUCCAUAAUCGGUGGUCUUCCAUUGAAAAGCGAGGGUGAUGAUGAUGAUGAUGGUGGUGACAAAUAUACUUCGGAUGUUAUUCCAUCUGCCAACUCUAAGAAAGAAGACACCGUCUCGGAAGACCCUCACUCUCGGAAGGUGUUCAACUUCUCGAUGCCGUUCACGAAUCCGGGUUUUGACAGAUUGCCAUCUUUAGAUAGAUUGACUAGUUUGCCCUUACUAUCAAGUAUAUCCAGUACUUCUACUAAGCUACCUUCUAUGUAUCUCGGGAAGAUCGGAAGUAUCAUGAGAGAGAGGGACGAAGACGAAGAAAGAAGAGAACAGAUCGGAAUCAAACUCAAUAGACAGGAGACUCUUUCCUCUAUGGAAGAAAGCGUAUACUACAGAGAUAUUUCAAAAUUGGCUGACGGUAAGAUGUCUGCCCUAAGGAAGGCCAUAAUUCCUUCUCUUUCCGACGAUGAAUGGAACCUCCCGAUAUUUGACGAAUUAGAAGGCGACGUUCUCAUUUUUGGAGGCUUCAGAGGAAGCAUUUUGCGAGACACUAAGACAGGAAGACGUGCUUGGAUUCCUGUUUUGAAAGCUGGCUUGAAUAUCCGUAAAAUCAACUUACUCCUAGGACCCAAGGACGAGGAUGAGCUAAAUACAAAAAGCACCAUCUAUCCCGACGGCAUGUUGACUCACGUUGGCCCCGUUGAUAUUUCACGGAAGUUGAUGAAGCGGCUAGCUAUGAAUCCCAAGGUGAGCGUUCACAACUGGGGGUAUGACUGGCGACUUUCUGUGGAUAUUAUUGCCAAAAGGCUUCACACUAAAUUAGAGCAAAUUUAUUCUCGUAAUGGUGGAAAGCCAAUUAUUCUUAUUGGUCAUUCCAUGGGAGGAAUAGUGGCCCAUGGAGCCAUGUUGUUGGAUAAAAAACUUGUUAGAGGAAUAGUUUAUGUCGGUACUCCUAUGCCAUGUGUCAAUGUCAUGGGGCCUUUUAGAUAUAAUGACAACAUCUUGCUCUGCAACGAUAUGUUGACUUCUGAAGUGAAUUUCAUGAUGAGAUCGUCAUUUAUCUUUAUUCCAGAAAAGGAUCAGUGCUUAUUUAAGGACUACAAGACUGGAAAGCACUAUAAAUUCGACUUCUAUGAUCCGCAGAUGUGGGUCAAGUAUAAUCUCAGCCCCAUAGUCUCGUCUGUCAGACUAAAGAUGGAGAAGGGAGAGCCGGUGGAUAUCAAACAACAGACAGAGUUUGCCAUAUCGUUUGACGAAGCCUAUGACUAUUUAUGCCGUACAUUGCAAAGAACCAAAAAAUUCAAGGAGUCCCUAAAGUAUGACCCUACAACUACAUAUCCUCCUUUGGUCUCAGUGUACGGUAAUAAAGUCCCGUCUGUUAAGUAUUCGUUGGUGGAUGGCGAAGAAGAUAUUAGGAAAGGAAAUUAUUACAACUUCUUUUAUGGACCAGGUGAUGGUGUUACUCAUGAGAAAUGGCUUUUCCCCAAGGAUGCCUCAUAUCCUCUAUGUGCCCAGAUUGUUUCCGGAAAUGGCCAUAUCGGACUACUUUCGGAUGCUAGAUGCAUGGGAAAAGCUUUGCGGGCUAUAUUGGACGAAGAAAAAAGACGGGAAAGCAAUUAA